AUGGAAUAACAUUCAUGGCGUUUAGACACAUGUUAAGUCCAUCUGGCUCAGUAAUAAAGGCAUGUUGUAAUGAGGAAAUUACCAACGUUACUGGUGCUUGCACUUAAAUGUGUAAAAGCAGAUGCAGACUACCUCACAUCUGAUCCUCUAACAUUACUGUCAGACUGAGGUGUACAAUCUUAUGUGACGUUAUAGUUUCUGCUGACAAAAAGGAAGUACACCGACCUCACUAGACUAUCAUCCCAACAGGGGGCAGUGGGACACUAUAAUUAUGCCAUAAUUGGCUGUUUAAAUGAUAAAGUGAAUUGAUCCCACUAACACAUUGCCUGUGUAGUAAAUGUCUAUAAAGCGUAUUACUCUGUGUCAUUUACCUCCAUUGUUGUCCAGAAACUGUUAAAAACACAUAAGUAAGCCAUGCCGUUGCACUGAGUGACAUGUUACUUCAUUACGAAUUAGGAAUCUGUUUACUGUAGUUUAUGAGUUGAUCCCACAUAUACCGCCCUGCUGCUGCAAACACUCACUAACUCACCAAAUCUGCAGCUGAAAAUAGUCCCCACCAAAUACACCUUUUACUUCUGUUUGAGUAAACCUAUUAUAUAUAAUUUAUGACCCAUUUUCAAAGAUUUACAUCUUCACUAGGAACAAAUUUGCUUGGGGCUCUGUGUCACAGACAGGCUGGGCAAGUUUGAAAGCAUUGAGAGACAGACUAAUAUAGCAUUGUUGGUUUUGGUCUUGUCAUGGGAUUUGUCCACAAGAACAAAAAUAUGGAAUAUUGCCAGCCUUUAAGUUAUGGCCUUGUCUGUCAAUUAAAAUGAUCAACUAGAGGGAGUGUAUAAUAUGUGUCUUUCAGUGGAUUUCUUUUAUUUGUAAGGUUCUUUUUUCGAAGUAGAUCGCUGCUGGUGCAGUAUGAGGUCUGAUUGGUAUCCAGUGAGCGGGAGGGAUUGUGUUAUGAUUAUAGUGACAUUCAGAAGCAGCGUGAGCUAGACUGCACUUCCAGUGGGUCCAAUUACUGCACAUGUCUAAUUGAUGUUGGCGCUAAACGUCAGCUCGGCCCAUGAAAUGGCAGACAGAGAGAGAAACACUUGGCAAAGUCUCUACCUGCGCAGCAACCUGCAUGGUCAAAAUAACAAUUAGCCCAGGCUCAGCGCAUGCCAUGGAGAGUUCGUCCGUGUACAUGUGCUUCCCCUGCUACCAGGAGUUUAACACCCUGGAAGAGGUACUCGAGCACCAGUUGACGUGCACUGCUGAGGAUGAACAGCCGGACACAUCUGGAACCACCCCUGUCACCGUUCCAUUGCUACAGACUCGGCAGCAGGUAAUAAAUAUAUCAAAGACAGUUGCAGUCCCACAGACUCAAGUCCAAGCAGGACACUCCUCCGUGCAACCUGUUAAGAGUGCACUCAAACAGGCCACAGAUCAGCCCAGAAUCCUCUACCAGUGUGGGGAUUGUGAUGAACUUUUCAAGAGCCUGGACCUUUGGCAGCAACACCGUAAAGAAGAGACAUGUCAGCAGUCUGCCUCUGAGAGCAAGUCAAAACCUGAUUCACAACUUGAGCCAGAGACCGCUUCAGCUCAGAGCUCCAGUUCAACUUUAAACCCAGAUGAUUCUUCGCUCUCGCAGAGUGAAACUAGCAAAAAUCUUAAGCCAGAACCAGAGGAGAAAUCCGUAGCAGAAGAAGAGAGGCAGCAAGUUGCAGAUACCACUUCAGCUCAGAGCUCUGAUCCUGCUGUUUCUGAGGUGCCCCCUUCAACCUCUAAUCCAGAGGAUUCGUCUCCCAGGAAGAGAGGGGCAAACAAAAAGCCUAAGCCUGAACCAGUGCUACUGUGUGUGGAUUGUGGCUCAUGCUUUGGCCUGGUGUCUGAACUAGUGGCCCACCGCAAGACCCAACACGGCUUUGAGGAAGCUCUGCACCGCUGCUCAGUGUGUGGGGAAAGCUUUCUAAACACCACCCUUUUUCUCUACCACCGCAAGCAACACCGGCAGAAAGGCGAGGAAAAAGUGGUAGUGGUUCCUGAAGAGACAUCGGAGGAAGUUUGUACUCAGAGCAAUGGCACUGAUGGGCAGGGACAGGAUGCCACUCCCUCCACCACUUGUGUCACCUCAAAAUUCACACAGCCUGAGUUGUUCAUGUGCACCCAGUGUGGGCAGAGCUUCAGUGAUGAGGCAGGGCUGGUCACCCAUCGUAAGCAGAAGCAUGACCUGAAGGAGCCACUACACAGUUGCCCCCAUUGUGGCGAGAGCUUCAUGAACACCACUCAGUACCUGUACCAUCGCCGGCAGCACCGCUUCACAUCAGGGACAGAGGUGGCGGAUGGAGCUGAAACUGGUGAUGAAACAGCCACCACUAUACCUCAGGAUAUCCCACAGAGCUCAAAGCGGCUGCUUUCCCCUCCUGCCUCUGCUAGUGAAUCAGUUUCACCCCUUCCUAAGAGAAGUAGGCCCUCUUUCAGGAUCCUGAGCGGUGUUAAUGUGCUCAAAGGAAACAAGGGUUCAGGCACCAGAGAGGACUCAGAGGGCAGCACUGCAGCAGACUCAGACAACACCAACCACCCUCCACCUGCCAAGCUGCUGCAGGAUUGGGCCCGCACACCACUACCCCAUGUUUGCCCUUACUGUGGCAAAACCUUCACCCGACGCGUCUUCCUCCGCACCCAUGUCUACAGCCACACUGGAGAAAAGCUCUUCACGUGCAAGGUGUGCACAAAGUCCUUCACUAACUCCCAGAGCCUGCUGCGCCACAGCAUGAGCCAUACGGGCGACAAGCCCUUCAGCUGCGAUGUUUGUGACAAAAACUUCUCCCAGGCAGCCACCCUGAAGAGACACCAACGCAUUCACACAUCAACACUGCCUCGGCGCAAGCGUGGACGCAAACCGGUGUGUACUUUGGACAAUGAGGGAGCUGCUCAUCUCUUCCCUUGUCCUCACUGCCCCUCACGGUUCAACACGGAGGAUCAGCUUAACCAUCACAAACUGCUUCACACCAGCCAUCCAUUCCCUUGUCCAGAAUGUGGAGAAGCCUUCAAACGCAGGAAAGACCUGGACCUGCACUCGCUCACUCAUCAAGACAAGCAGCCAGCGACAUGUCUUCACUGUUCAUCCCAGUUUGUGAACCAGUCAGUGCUGGAAAUCCACAUGCAGCGUUGCCCUACCACAGAGGAGGAGAAGAAUACUGGUCGUGGACGGGGUCAAGGCCGGGGACGAAGCACUGGACAGAUUGAGUGUGACCUAUGCGGCCACCGUUGCAUGACCCAGGAGGGCCUCGACCUCCAUCGGUUAUCCCACACGGGCCAGACACCUCUCAAAUGCCCAGUGAGACCUUGCCGCCGCCGAUUUACCUCCAACAGUGCCCUGGAGGAGCACGUGCUGGCCCAUUUCCAAGGAACGCUCAGCAAGUCCAGAAACCGACCCCGCUUCCGUUGUCAGAUUUGCCACAAGGAAUUUUCCUACAAUUCCACCUUCAAUGUUCACAUGAGGACACAUACUGAUGAGAGGCCCUUUGAGUGCACCACAUGUGGCAAGCGCUUCCGCCAGCUGCCCCAUCUGCAGGACCAUGAGCGCAUCCACAGUGGCCUGCGGCCUUUCUGCUGCUGGAUUUGCGGCAAGAGUUUCAGCGUGGCCGCCCGGCUCACUGAGCAUGCCCGCACCCACAGUGGGGAGAAGCCCUACCCCUGUUCCCACUGCCCUGCUGCCUUCCGCUCUCGCUCCAACCUGGAUAAACACAUCCGGCUGCACGGAGACCUGCCUCUGGAGACCGCUGAGCAGGCAGCACAUGCAGCUGAGGUUGCCCAUGUCCAGAAGGUGCUGGAGGGGGGCAAGGUGCUGUCUUCUCUGGCCACCACAGGGGAGGUUGAUUCUGGCUCAGUGCAGACCAUCUAUGUACUGCAGGGGGCCGAAGGAGGCACUGAGACAGUCAUGAUCCCGUCUGAUCAGCUCAGUGGCAUGGAUGGCACCUCACAGGUCGUCAUCCUGCCCUCCUCUGUUCUGGGAACUCAGACCAUUACUGUUCCCACAAUCACCAUGGAUGGAAAUGAAAUCACCAUGGUGGAGACAAGCCAGUCGUCACAGCAUGCCAUUGAGUUCAUUGUGGAGGAGACUGUAUGAAGGCUGAUUAAAUACUAUACUAUUGUGUAAAGGACAACAUAGUAGAGAAAGACUGAAAGUUUAGUUGAGAAUAUAGACUGUCAAUGGAGUGAAAAGUUUGAUAAUUGAGGGAUAUGCAGUUAUUACCUUAUAUGUAUAUAGUUUGAUAGGUUUCAAAGCCAGUUUCAACAAUCUUGUGUAGUAAAUACAAUUUUUUGAUUUAAUAACGUUGUUGAAUCAGUGUAAAACUAAUAAAUGAAAGGUUGAUACACAGAUGAAACGCUCAGGAGAACAGAAUGUACCUUAAAUUAGUCUUUCAAACCGAUUGAAAAACAGGUUGUAAAAUUGGCCCUCGAUUGUAUACAGGCAUGUAUUUACAAGACCCGUGGUGGUCAAUGAAAUGUCUUCUGCUUUCUUUUUAAUAAAACACUUCAGCUUUCACACUUGUGAACAUCCAUCAUUUUAUAAGGUGGAUGACAGGAGGGCAUUGCCCCCAUCCCAUCAGAUGGGAUUGACUUUAUAGGUCCUGCUGUAAAUUGCCACUUCUGCCUUUUGACAACAAUAUGACGUCUUCUGCUGAGAAAUAUACAGACCCACUCAGCACAAGUUAGUGUACAGCUUUUCAAACCGCUCUGUUACUCUCUGUUACAUGCACACUAAUGUUAGUGGAAGGCAGGAUGAAGUAGAUUUGUGUGUAUAGAUCAACCUUAAUGUUCCAGUAAUUUGAAGAACAUUAUGUUAUUGAUUGGUUUUGUGCUGUAAUUAAGUACAGUAAUAACAGGGAUACGGUAAGAUUUAUGAUGAUUUAGCUAAAGUACAGCAUUAUGCAGUGGCAAGUAGUGCAAUGAAAUUAACCAGCACUUGCUGUAUAGUUAUCAAAAAUAAUGAUCCUAUUUGUGUCUGAAUGGGAAGAGGCAUAAUAUGAUAUAAGUUUUGCCAGCGCUGCAGUAGCCCAUUAUAGGCUUCUAAAGCGCAGUUUAUGGCUGUCUCCCACCCAGUGAUUGCUGACAGGGGGGUUUGAAACCACACACACGCAGAGGCACUCAGUCUUAGUUUGUUUUCAUGUCAUGGAGGGAGAAAUGCUGAUGAUUGUGCGGGGAACUGAAAUGGGGAAAUGGCAGAAUUUCUGCAGAGUGAGAAGCAUAUCAGGAAAUAAAGGGCUCCUGAGGAGCAAAAAGAUGCCACUGCCAAGAAUUUAGCUGCUCUUCACUGCUUUUCUGAGAGAGUCAACAGGCAACCAGUCGAUAAAUGCAUGUAUUUUUUUCUCCUUCCUAGCAAAUCUUGAGAGCUGUUAUUCUGGUGGAGUGCCGUUUAUCAUACCUGCUGCCUAACAUUGAAAACACACACAACAAACAAACAGACUUGUAAUGAAAUUGUUAAUGCUGGAUUUGAAAUCAUGACUCAUGCUCUAGGGAAGCAGUCUGAGUGCAGUAUAAUGGUCUAUUUGCUGUUCAGAAGACAGCGUAUUGUCUGUGUUCAUUCCUUAGCUCAGACUUAAGCUUGUGGUUUUGUUUUUUGUUCGCUUGGUGACGAGCACGGAUGAACAAAAACUGAUUUUUCCCACAGUGAUGCAGGGUCUUGAAAUUCAGAUUGAAAUGUAAUUUAAAUUCUCCAGAAUCUAUAGUUUACGUUGUGGCUUUAAAGUGUGAUUUUUUCGUUGUAUCAUGAUGCCAGAAUGUUAGCUGACAGAUCUGAUUGGUCUUGGUUAUUAAACGGCAAACACCAAACUGUAAAUAUUUGGAUAGAGUGGCUAUGGUCAAACAACUACAGAUGACUUCAGGUACUUUCAUGUUGAUAAUGACAAUGGAAAUGGAGCAUUUAAAAUAGCAGCUGGUGCUUGAUGGUAUAGAUAUGAAUGAAACUGAGAAUAGAUGCCAAAAGAUGUAACUGACUGGUCAUUUUUCAAAAACUAAAUUGAAUUGUGAAGAUGUGAUGCCACUCCAUUAUGUGUACUGUCCAAUGUUACAUUAAAAAAAUUGACUUGGUUGUUAAAA